AUGGAGAGCGCCAUUGAUCACGAUGUAGUUGUGGUGGAUGAGUUCGAUGCUCUGUCCAUUGAGGUCAAGACGUCGGCUGAGCCGGUUGAGUCGGUUGUAUCGGUUGCGCCUAUCCCGACCAAGUUUCCCGCUAAACUCCACGCCCGCAAGGUCGCCGCGGAGCUCAACGCCAGUGAUGGCCUCGUUUUCCUGCCCGGUGAGCCGAGCCGCAGCUACGAGGACUCGGACAUGGGUCCGACCUUUCGGCAGCGGCGAUACUUCUACUACCUGAGCGGCGCCAACUUUGCUGACUGCGCCGUGACCUACGAGCUCGCGUCGGACCGCCUUAUUCUCUGGAUCCCCUACGUCGAGCCGCGCCAGGUCCUCUGGUUCGGCUCGACGCCGGGUAUCUCGGAAUGCCUCAAGCAGCUCGACGUCGACGACGUGCGCUACACGACGCAGCUCAACAAGUUCCUGUACCGCCACCUGACGCCCGGGUCGACACUCUACGUCCUCCACGCCGACCAGAUCCCGCCGCUGCUGCACGGCGACCUGCUCCAGACGGCCGCCGAGGUGCGCGUCGACACUACCUCGCUGCAGCCGGCCGCUGACCAGGCCCGCGUCGUCAAGACGGAGUAUGAGGUCGCCAUGAUCCGCAAAGCCGCGGCCGUGUCGGCGGCGGCCCACCGCAAAGUCGCCGAGAGGCUGCUGAAGCUGGGCAACGAGAGCGAGAUUGAGGCCAUUUUCCAGGCGUGGUGCACCACCGAGGGCGCGCGGGAGCAGUCGUACGCCAUCAUUGCCGGCAGCGGCAAGAACGCGAGCACGCUGCACUACGACGCCAACGACGAGCCGCUCGAGGGCCGCGAGGUUGUCGUGUUCGACGCCGGUUGCGAGUGGCACUGCUACGCCAGCGACAUCACCCGCACGCUGCCCAUUUCCGGGCGCUUCUCGACCGAGAGCCGGGCCGUGUACGACGUCGUGGCGAGGAUGCAGGACGAGUGCAUCGCGCGCAUCCGUCCCGGGACACUGUUUUUCGACCUGCACGUCCACGCGAGCCGGGUCGCUCAGGAAGGCCUGCUGAAGCUGGGCGUCCUCCGAGGGGAUCCGGCCGAGGUGUGGGAUGCAGGCACCGUCGCGGCCUUUUUCCCGCACGGGCUGGGACACCACGUCGGGCUGGAGGUGCACGACGUCUCUGGGCGCGAGAGGCUGCUGCUGCUGAACAAGGGGACGGGUAGGCGGGUCGGGAAGAGGGAGGUCAUCACGCCGGAGAUGAUGAGUGCCAUGGCGCAGGCGGGCGUCGGUGCCGGUGUUGGCGGUGCCGCUGCUGCUGCUUCCGUGCCGCCGCCGUAUCGGGGCCGGCAGUACCUGCGCAAGAACAUGAUUGUGACGGUGGAGCCUGGAAUCUACUUUUGCAGAGAGUACAUUGAGGGCUACUUCCUCAGCAACCCGCGCCACGCGCGCUUCAUCAACAAGGCGGUGUUGGAGCGGUACUACCGCGUCGGCGGCGUGCGCAUCGAGGACGACAUCUUGGUCACGGACGACGGGUACGAGAACCUGUCUACGGGGGCGCCCAAGGGGGAGGAGCUGUUGCGGGUUAUCAACGGCAAGGCGUAA